GUUUUAACCCCGCACUCGCCUGAUCCCCACAAUUCGUUAACGGUUAUCCAUCUCAGAUCUCACACAAGUCCUUUUGCGUUUUCCGCCUCGCGAGAUUAAGCUCAUACCGUUAUUCCAAGCUUCGGUAUGAACACCGAAACAGUGGUCGAGUUUUUAGGAAAUGUUCCGUUGCUCCAGAGACUACCGAGUUCUUCGCUCAAGAGAAUAGCUGAACUCGUGAAUUUUAAGCACUUUGAGAAAGGAGAUUAUGUCGUUCGGGAAGGAGAAGUUGGAGACGGAAUAUAUUUCGUGUGGGAAGGAGAGGCUGAAGUAUCUGGAUCAGUCCAUGCUGAAGAAGAAAAUCGACUUGAGUAUCAGUUGCAGCGAUAUGAUUACUUUGGCCAUGGUAAUCCCACAUCGGUUCAUGUGGCAGAUGUGAUCGCUUUAACUAAGCUGACCUGCCUGUUUCUACCUCAUAAACAUUGCACUUUGCUUUGGUCAAAAUCUAUCUGGAGCAAAGAUAAGACGCCUGAGACCUGUGCACCUGUGGAAAGUAUAUUGCAUCUAGAGCCAAUAGAAUUGAACAUAUUCCAAGGGAUUACUCUGCCAGAUGCACCAAAAUUUGGGAAGGUCUAUGGAGGACAAUUAGUUGGACAGGCACUUGCAGCAGCAUCGAAAACUGUUGAUUGCCUUAAAAUUGUGCAUAGUUUGCAGUCUUAUUAUCUUAAGGCUGGGAAUUUUAAUAUACCAAUAAUAUAUCAAGUUAAUCGUCUACGUGAUGGUAGAAACUUUGCUACCCGUAGAGUAGAUGCUAUACAAAGAGGAAAUAUCAUACUCACAUUAUUAGCUUCUUUUCAGAAAGAAGAAGAAGGGUUUGAUCAUCAAGAAGCAAUGAUGCCAUCGGUGCCAGCUCCAGAUGGGCUUCCGUCGGUGGAUGAUAUAGGAAAAUCAUCUCCCACUGAUUCCCCUCUUCCUUUUAGAAACCGGAAAAAGGUGGGUGUCAAGAAAAUUGUUCCUUGGCCUGUAGAGAUAAAGUUGUGCCCACCUAACACUAAUCCAAACCGGAAGAAAUCUGAUCCAAGUUUGAGGUAUUGGUUUAGAGCUAAAGGGGAACUUUCAGAUGAUCAAGCUUUGCAUAGAUGUGCAGUGGCCUUUGCUUCAGAUAUGAUAGCUACUGGUGUCAGCUUGAAUCCACACCCCCAAAAGGGUUCGCUUAGCUUGAGUCACUCGAUGUGGUUCCACCGGAAUCCUAGGGCCGACGACUGGUUAUUGCUUGUGAUUGCGAGUCCUACAGCCUGCGACAGCCGUUGCUUUCUUUCAGGCCAAAUGUUCAACAGAAAAGGGGAGCUUGUUGUAUCAUUGAAUCAAGAAGUACUGCUUAAGCUGGUUACACCUCCGAACCCAUCAGUCAACUCGAAGCUUUGAACUGCAAGACCAUUUUGUAUCAUCACUUACUCUCUUUUCAAUUAACUAAUUAGUUAAUAUCAUUGCUUUUGAUCCUCUUCCAAGUAUAUACCGGAACAUUGUUACACUAAGUUCCAAUUAUAUCAGAUAUUAAUAGAAGGUUUAGACACGUAUCGAGAUCGGUAGUAGUUGAUGGAUUGUGAAGAGAUUAUAGAAAGUAACAAGUGGUACUGAAUUCGGAGAAUUUCUUUCUAGACUUGCCAAAAAAAAAAAGUCUUUCUUUUCAUCUCUGAGGACAAGGAUACUUAUCGAGUGGUGGUGUACUGAUAUGCAUCAGUUUCAUAUAAAUAAAAAUGAUUCUGAUUUGAGA